UUCGCUUCCGGAAGGGUGUUCGGGCUCGUCCCACCCCCCCAGGAGGGUAGCUCCGCCUGCCGCUGGGGCCGUCAUGGAGAAAAGUGGAAACAUUCAGCUGGAGAUUCCCGACUUCAGCAACUCUGUCCUGAGCCACCUCAACCAGCUGCGCAUGCAGGGCCGGCUGUGUGACAUUGUGGUCAAUGUGCAAGGUCAGGCCUUCCGGGCGCACAAGGUAGUGCUGGCCGCCAGCUCGCCUUACUUCCGGGACCACAUGUCGCUUAACGAGAUGAGUACAGUCUCCAUCUCCGUCAUCAAGAACCCCACUGUGUUUGAGCAGCUCCUCUCAUUUUGCUACACAGGGCGGAUAUGCCUUCAGCUGGCUGACAUCAUAAGCUAUCUCACCGCCGCCAGCUUCCUGCAAAUGCAGCACAUUAUAGACAAGUGCACACAGAUCUUGGAGGGCAUUCAUUUCAAAAUCAACGUGACUGAGGUUGAAGCAGAAUUGAGCCAAACCAGGGCAAAGCAUCAGGAAAGGCCUCCAGAAUCUCACCGGGCUUCCCCGUCCCUGAACCGCUCUCUGAGUCCGCAUCACAGCACCCCGAAAGGAAGCCGGAUGGGACAGGUCAGCACAGUGCUGGACAUUCGGGAACUUAGUCCUCCUGAGGAGUCUACAAGCCCUCAGAUAAUAGAGCAGAGUUCGGACGUGGAGAGCAGGGAGCCCAUACUGAGGAUUAAUAGGGCAGGACAGUGGUAUGUGGAAACGGGAGUGGCCGACCAUGGUGGGCAGGGUGACGACGACGUCAAAGUCCUUGGAGCUGUACGGAUCAAAACGGAAAACCUGGAAGAGUGGCUGGGUACAGAGAAUCAGCCAUCCGGAGAAGAUGGGAGCAGUGCGGAGGAGGUCACCGCCAUGGUGAUUGACACCACAGGCCAUGGGUCAAUGGGACAGGACAGCUACACCCUAGGGUCAUCAGGAGCUAAAGUGGCCAGGCCAACUAGCACUGAGAUUGAGAGAUUUAGCCCUUCUGGUAGCGUGGUUACUGUAAAUGAGCGGUACAGGUCAAAAAGCGAGUCUCCAUGGCGAAUGGACGAACCCAAGCAACCUAGUUCCCAGUUGGAAGAAUCUGCAAUAGUUGGAGUGAGCGGCUAUGUUGAAUAUCUCCGUGAACAAGAAGUAUCUGAACGGUGGUUUCGCUACAACCCACGCCUCACCUGCAUCUACUGCGCCAAAUCUUUCAACCAGAAGGGCAGCCUGGACCGGCACAUGCGACUCCACAUGGGCAUCACGCCCUUUGUUUGCCGUAUGUGUGGCAAAAAGUAUACCCGCAAAGAUCAGCUGGAGUACCACAUUCGCAAACACACGGGCAACAAGCCCUUUCACUGUCAUGUCUGUGGGAAGAGCUUCCCCUUCCAGGCCAUCCUCAACCAGCACUUUCGUAAGAAUCACCCCGGCUGCAUGCCUCUGGAGGGGCCGCACAGCAUCUCCCCAGAGACCACGGUCACCUCGCGGGGGCAGACAGAGGAAGAGUCUCCACUGCGGGAGGAAGCUGGUGCCGUGGGGGAGACAGUGCAGGGAUCUGUGUCCACUACUGGGCCAGAUUGAG